GUUUUCUAUUGGUGAACCCACUCACGCCCACUUCACAGUCCCAAAUCCAAGUUGAAGGUGAAAGUCCUCCUCCGUCCCGUUAGCUCGCUGCUCCGGUAACCGCUCGUCGCUUGUUGCAGCCGCAGGAAGAAGCAGAACAGCAGCUAUGUCGGUGUUUUCUGAGGUCCCUCAAGCAGCUCCUGUUGCUGUCUUCAAGCUGACUCAAGACUUCACCAACGACCAGUUUCCCAAGAAGGUGAACCUCGGAGUUGGAGCCUAUCGGACAGAUGAGGGCCAGCCCUGGGUUUUGCCAGUGGUGAAGAAGGUGGAGAAGAUCAUUGUGCAUGAUGACAGGCUAAACCACGAGUACCUGCCCAUCCUGGGCCUGCCCGAGUUCAGAUCCUCGGCCUCCAAGAUUGCACUGGGAGACAACAGCCCCGCCAUCCAGGAGAACAGGGUGGGAGCAGUCCAGUGUCUGGGUGGCACAGGAGCUUUGAAGAUGGGUGCUGAGUUUCUACGGCGAUUCUACAAUGGAGACAACAACACCAAAACCCCCGUUUAUGUGUCUGCACCUACCUGGGAGAAUCACAAUGCCGUAUUCAGCAACGCUGGCUUUGAGGAUGUCCGUCCAUACAAGUACUGGGACGGAGAAAAGAGAGGCCUCGAUUUAGCUGGUUUCCUUGGUGACUUGGAAAGUUGUCCAGAGCGCUCAAUCUUUGUCCUGCAUGCUUGUGCCCAUAAUCCAACUGGUACAGAUCCCACCCAGGAGCAGUGGAAGCAAAUUGCUGAAGUUAUGAUGAGGAGGAAGCUGUUUGUGUUUUUUGACUCGGCCUAUCAGGGAUUCGCCUCAGGCAGUUUGGAAAAAGACGCCUGGGCCGUCCGCUACUUUGUCUCCAUGGGCUUUGAAAUGUUCUGUGCCCAGUCAUUCUCCAAGAACUUCGGCCUCUACAACGAGCGUGUGGGCAACCUGACAGUUGUGGCUCGUGACGCAGACAACUUGAAGAGAAUUCUCUCCCAGAUGGAGAAGAUCGUCAGAACCACCUGGUCCAACCCGCCGUCUCAGGGAGCUCGCAUCGUUGCCAUCACUCUUAACACACCUGAGCUCUUUUCUGAAUGGAAGGACAAUGUGAAGACCAUGGCUGACAGGGUCCUGCUGAUGAGGGCUCAGCUCAAAGCAAAGUUGCAAUCUCUGGGGACACCAGGGACCUGGGAGCACAUCACAGACCAGAUUGGCAUGUUUAGCUUCACAGGCCUCAACCCCAAACAAGUAGAAUAUAUGGUGAAGGAGAAGCACAUCUACUUAAUGGCCAGUGGUCGCAUCAACAUGUGUGGCUUGACCACCAAGAACAUCGAUUACGUGGCUGAGUCCAUCCACGAGGCCGUCACCAAGGUCCAGUAGAAGACUGCACUAUACCCACAGUUCUCAGCACAUCUUCCUGCCCACUUCUGAGCCACCACGAUCCCAGAGACUGUGUUUGCAUCCAGAAGACUUUCUGGGGCAAACAUACAGUGGGUACAGAAAGUAUUCAGACCCCUUUAAAUUUUUCACUCUGUGUCAUUGCAGCCAUUUGCCAAAAUCAAAAAAGUUCAUUUUAUUUCUCAUUAAUGUACACUCAGCACCCCAUCUUGACAGAAAAAAAACAGAAAUGUAGAAAUUUUUGCAAAUUUAUUAAAAAAGAAAAACUGAAAUAUCACAUGGUCAGAAGUAUUCAGACCCUUUGCAGUGACAUUCAUAUUUAACUCACAUCCUGUUAAUUUCUUCUGAUCCUCCUCGAGAUGGUUGUGCUUCUUUAGUGGAGUCCAGCUGUGUUUAAUUAAACUGAUUGGACUUGAUUAGGAAAGGCACACACCUAUCUAUAUAAGACCUUACAGCUCACAGUGCAUGUCAGAGCAAAUGAGAAUCAUGAGGUGAAGGAACUGCCCAAGGAGCUCAGAGACAGAAUUGUGGCAAGGCACAGAUCUGGCCAAGGUUACAAAAGAAUUUCUGCAGCACUCAAGGUUCCUAAGAGCACAGUGGCCUCCAUAAUCCUCAAAUGGAAGAAGUUUGGGACGACCACAACUCUUCCUAGACCUGGCCGUCCAGCCAAACUGAGCAAUGGUGAGAGAAGAGCCUUGGUGAGAGAGGUAAAGAAGAACCCAAAGAUCACUGUGGCUGAGCUCCAGAGAUGCAGUCAGGAGAUAGAAGAAAGUUCCACAAAGUCAACUAUCACUGCAGCCCUCCACCAGUCGGGGCUUUAUGACAGAGUGGCCCGACGGAAGCCUCUCCUCAGUGCAAGACACAUGAAAGCCCGCAUAGAGUUUUCCAAAAAACACAUGAAGGACUCCCAGACUAUGAGAAAUAAGAUUCUCUGGUCUGAUGAGCCCAAGAUUGAACUUUUUGGUGUUAAUUCUAAGCGGUAUGUGUGGAGAAAACCAGGCACUGCUCAUCACCUGCCCAAUACAAUCCCUACAGUGAAACAUGGUGGGAGCAUCAUGUUGUGGGGGGGGGGGUUUCAGCUGCAGGGACAGGAAGACUGGUUGCAAUUCAAGGAAGGAUGAAUACGGCCAAGUACAGAGAUAUCCUGGAGGAAAACCUCUUCCAGAGUGCUCAGGACCUCAGACUGGGCCGAAGGUUCAACUUUCAACAGGACAAUGAUCCUAAGCACACAGCUAAAAUAACAAAGGAGUGGCUUCAGAACAACUCUGUGACCGUUCUUGACUGGCCCAGCCAGAGCCCUGACCUAAACCCAAUUGAGCAUCUCUGGAGAGACCUCAAAAUGUCUGUCCACCAACGUUCACCAUCCAACCUGACAGAACUGGAGAGGAUCUGCAAGGAAGAAUGGCAGAGGAUCCCCAAAUCCAGGUGUGAAAAACUUGUUGCGUCAUUCCCAAGAAGACUCAUGGCUGUACUAGCUGAAAAGGGUGCUUCUACUCAAUACUGAGCACAGGGUCUGAAUACUUCUGACCAUGUGAUAUUUCAGUUUUUCUUUUUUAAUAAAUUUGCAAAAAUUUCUACAUUUCUGUUUUUUUUCUGUUAAGAUGGGGUGCUGAGUGUACAUUACUGAGAAAUAAAAUGAACUUUUUGACUUUGGCAAAUGGCUGCAAUGACACAGAGUGAAAAAUUUCAAGGCACCUGAAUACUUUCCGUACCCACUGUACAUUCUCAUUUGCACAAAUACACAGACACUUCACAGUUUUGUUCUUCCUUUCAUUGUUUGUGCUUAACUGGGCUAAACCUUUGAGGACCAAUUUUCCAUAGAAUGCACAAAGAUGGUGAUAUAUAUACACAAGCAGUCAAAGGUUUGGACACUUUCUGAUUUAGUGGUUUUUAUUGGAUUAUUUUAGACAUUAUAGAUUAAUACUGAAGAACUAUAAAGGAACAUAUAUGGAAUUAUGUUGUAACAAAAAAGUGUUAAUCUUCAAUAUUAAUGUAUAAUGUAGAGAAUAAUACAAAUAAAUAAAAAGCAUUGAAUGAGAAGGUAUGUCCAGACUUUUGACUGGUAGUGUUUAUAUAUUCAUCCUCUUAUCUAACACACAACAUUUUCCAGAAUAUUGAGUAAUUAUGUAAUUAUGUUUAUAGUUUGUCACUUAGUUUUUUGUGCGUCACCUCCCUAUAGUGCGUAGUUCGCUUUUUUUGUGUAAUUAGUUUGUGUGUCAUUACCAGGACCUUUGAGGGAGUUAGUAAGUCUGUGAUUGUGUCACAGUUACCUCAGCAGUGAUGACUACUCUCUAAAAAUGUCAGCUGUUAUGAUUCAUCCAUUCCAAGUGUUAAUAGCAUAUUUCCAGUUUCAUGUAGGCAGCAGUGACAGUUGCUGGUAUGAACACUGAAUAAGAGCGUAAUACUGAGACGAACACACUGACACAGUUUAGCUUUUAAGGAGACAAUCGUACCAAAUGUCACCAACCAUGAAAGAAGUGGCACUAUUCAGUCUUAUUUCUACAGAAUAAUGUGAACAUGUGUUCUCAGGAAGGUAUUUUUUAACUUGAACUAUGGAAUUUUUUAAUGAUAAUAUCUGCUGCCCAAAGGGGUUCUAAUAAUUACCUCACUUUUAAUGCAUUCACAAAUGACCGUGAACUCUCCUAGCAGAUGUCAUGACUCCAGAGAAAUCUCAGUGUUCUCUGCUGCCAGCUGAAUGUUUUGAAGUUUCUGGCUCUGUCAGGCACCUGCUAGUGAAUGUUGACUGGUUAUAGCACUAUGCACUGUUAUGUAAGACUCUCCAUGGCACAAUCCCGCUAUGAUCAACCAGUUUACCGUAUUAUUAUGCACAGGACACUGAUAAAACAGUAUUGUUGUUUAGCACUUUAAUUGAAGCUGAAAUUGUUUUUGGCCAUUUUAAUGAGAUGAAAUCACUCCUCCAAUAAAGAAUUUUAAAUAA